ACUGAAUACAUGUGCCUCCUGAAUACAUGAGCCGACUGAAUACAUGUGCCGACUGAAUACAUGUGCCGACUGAAUACAUGUGCCGACUGAAUACAUGUGCCGACUGAAUACAUGUGCCGACUGAAUACAUGUGCCGACUGAAUACAUGUGCCGACUGAAUACAUGUGCCUCCUGAAUACAUGAGCCGACUGAAUACAUGUGCCGACUGAAUACAUGAGCCGACUGAAUACAUGUGCCGACUGAAUACAUGUGCCGACUGAAUACAUGUGCCGACUGAAUACAUGUGCCGACUGAAUACAUGUGCCGACUGAAUACAUGAGCCGACUGAAUACAUGUGCCGACUGAAUACAUGAGCCCACUGAAUACAUGUGCCGACUGAAUACAUGUGCCGACUGAAUACAUGUGCCGACUGAAUACAUGUGCCGACUGAAUAGAUGUGCCUCCUGAAUACAUGAGCCGACUGAAUACAUGAGCCGACUGAAUACAUGAGCCGACUGAAUACAUGAGCCCACUGAAUACAUGAGCCGACUGAAUACAUGUGCCUCCUGAAUACAUGAGCCGACUGAAUACAUGUGCCGACUGAAUACAUGUGCCGACUGAAUACAUGUGCCGACUGAAUACAUGUGCCGACUGAAUACAUGUGCCGACUGAAUACAUGUGCCGACUGAAUACAUGUGCCGACUGAAUACAUGUGCCUCCUGAAUACAUGAGCCGACUGAAUACAUGUGCCGACUGAAUACAUGAGCCGACUGAAUACAUGUGCCGACUGAAUACAUGUGCCGACUGAAUACAUGUGCCGACUGAAUACAUGUGCCGACUGAAUACAUGUGCCGACUGAAUACAUGAGCCGACUGAAUACAUGAGCCGACUGAAUACAUGAGCCGACUGAAUACAUGAGCCCACUGAAUACAUGUGCCGACUGAAUACAUGUGCCGACUGAAUACAUGUGCCGACUGAAUAGAUGUGCCUCCUGAAUACAUGAGCCGACUGAAUACAUGAGCCGACUGAAUACAUGAGCCGACUGAAUACAUGAGCCGACUGAAUACAUGAGCCCACUGAAUACACGAGCCCACUGAAUACACGAGCCCACUGCAUAUUCACUCGGUUCUCUUCAAUGCGGCCAGUUCGCAGCCCUCCUACCGAGCAUGCCGCAUGCCAUUCGAUCGCAAGAAAUAUUAAACGUGCAAUUAGUUUAAAUCGUUUAAUUAGUUUCCAAUUGUCUCGCAAACAGGACGACAUUUUAAUUGUAAUGUGUUUUAUAAAUGCAUUUUGACCCGGUCAAUAUAUUCGAAAAAUUGUAUUGUGAUUGAAUUCGACACGUUAUUCCUCCUACAUGCUAACAUUUGAGGUGACUUGUCACCGCGUCUCUUACACCUCGUGGGAGUCGUUCCGAGUUCCUGCUUCAUGGCCGCGGUCAUCUGGACACGGCGACGAACUUGUGGCUGCCAGCGACAAUGGCACACGUGAGCAGGGGGUCACGCGCGCGAGCAGGGGGUCACGCGCGCGAGCAGGGGGUCACACACGUGACUAGUGUGCACUACAACUGCCGUGUUGUGUCACUUGCUGGCUGCCUGCUUCAAGCGCCUUGUGCCUCACAAUCCCCGUGUUGUGGCCAAUUUCUUUUCCAGCGUUGUGCCGACUCCAUAUCGACUGUGAACGGGGGGGGAGGGGUGAUGACAGCGGCGCGAACAAAAGCGGAGGACGGCAAUGGAGGGGGACUGCUCCCAGCAGCAGCAGCAGGAGCUCCUGGUCAAGGCGCUGGCCCGGACCGUUGCGGGGGGACGGUCCUUGCUGGGUGGUGCUCAGGCGGAGAGUGGAGAGGCAGGUGAGUUGCAGGAGUUUGUGCUGCAGAAGAUCACUUCUCUGGGUGGGAUGAUCCGAGAGUAUGCACAGCUCAUGUCCAGCAUGUUGGUGAGCAGCCGUGCUGACCUGGAGCAGCUGUGGAGGCUCCACUUGGGGAAAUCCGAUGUGCGUGAAGCAGUGGAGGAACUCCUGCAGCUAGAGGAGGAGUGGAGCUCAUUUCUGAAAGGCAUGGAUGAGCGCCUUGACAUCGAGGUGACAGCACCAGGAGUGGCAGAGCCUGCAGUGCAGCUCCCGCUAGACCUGGAGCUCACGGAUGCGCGCUGUGGACGGUGUCUCUCGCAGAGGUGCUGGGUGAGGACUCUUCACCCGUGCUGCUCGUGCUGCUUCGUCAUCUCGCCUGACUGCCCUGACGCGAUCAUGUCGCCCGGCUCCUCACUCACCAGGGAGACUUGGCUGCGCGGGUGGUGUUGGUGUCGUUCAGUAGCUGCAGCAGAGCUAAGGCCUGGUUGAACGAGACGGGAGCUACUUUUCCCAUGCUGCUCGACCCCAACAGACGUCUGUUUACAGUGCUGGGCCUGCGUGUCUCGGUGUCAAGGGUGUGGUCUGUGGCGACGCUAAUGUACUACGCUGAGCAGAUCGUGGCUGGGCGCAGUCUUCUCCAAACUGCAGAAGGCCCUCCGGAAGACCUGAAUCAGCUCGGGGGCGAUUUCCUGGUGGGGGAAAGUGGCCGGGUUCUGUGGAGCCGUCCCAGCCAUAGUCCGAUGGACCGCCCCGGGCUACAAGACAUCCAGGAAGCGCUGCACGCUCGCUAACAUCUAUGCAUUUCAGAGUGGCCAGCACCACACCCGGCCGCCUUUGUUUCCCCAGUGGCGAUGUUUACACGCCGCAUCAGGUACUUAUUUAAGGCCGAGUUGAUCUAGCGAAGGUCCAGGACCGGUUCAUAUUCAAUUUUCGUUACCUAUAUUUUUUACUUUUCCAUCCGACAGGAAACGAAGAUUUGUACGUUUUGGCAGAAUUAACUUUUUCAGGAACUAUUGAGCCUUGCCUGGUAAAAUCUAAAUGUUUUAAUAGUUUAUAGAAUGUCAAAAGUGGCCUUGGCUAGAGCUCAUGUAGUUUUGAUAGAAAAUCACCCCUCGUACUGUCAAGGCAAACGUCGCCGUUUGCAGAGUUUCCAUGAGAAGGUUGCACUGGCUAACUUGCUCUCUAAGAGCCCCCAAGUGAAAUAUUGAGAAGCCGAGUUUGUAAUUAAAGAGCUUUAUAAAGAGUA